AUGGUUUUGCGGAGCAGCGGAUUGCACAUAUCCCAAGUUGGAGGUGGUGACCAACGAGGAAAAAUGAGUUGCAUGCCAGCGUCCACAAAGCCUCUAGCAUGCUUUCUGCGAACUCACGACGAAGUCAUGGUAGAAAGGUGCAAUAGGCCGACAGUGGCCAGGUUUGCGCACUUCAAACUGUUGAGGUCCUCUUCGGUUGGUUCCACCAGGCCGGGGAACGAACCAAGAAACAUGGAGGUUGUGAAUCUUCACACUUUUGGCAUUCCAUUACCACGGUUGGCGGAUUUGCUCCGCCUGGACGGUGAGCCUCAACUGAAAGAAACAUCCUGGAAGCGGCUGCAUCCCGUCCGGGAAGAGUACGACGAUUGGAGUCCCACUGACUGGACAACCCUAGCGUCUCUCCCAACACCACCAAUAGAAGACGAUUGGGCCGACUGGUUCAGGACGAAUAACCCCGCCUACUCGGACAACUAUGACGGACCCUAUCCCCUACCUCUCUCGUAUCCUUUGCCCCACGUGUACUUUUUUGCAUAA